AUGAGCUCUUCCAAUCUUCCAGCCUCGCAGCAUGCAGGCGAUGCGUAUCCCGACCUGUACGAGGCGGGGAUUCCCGAGCUCCAGGACGGUCUAGCGAACGGUCGAUUCACAAGCGUCGACCUCGUCAAGGCCUACCUAGCUAGGGUUGAUGAGGUUAACCUGAAGGGACCGGCCUUGCGAGCGGUCAUCGAGACAAAUCCGAGUGCCCUAGCGCAGGCAGCGGAUUUGGACAGGGAAAGGAAAGAGAAGGGCUCUCGCGGGCCCCUUCAUGGUAUACCCAUCUUACUCAAGGACAACAUAGCGACCCUGCACAGCGAGGGCAUGAACACCACUGCAGGGUCCUACGCCCUCCUCGGCUCAGUCGUCCCCCGCGACGCCGCCGUCGCCGCCAAGUUGCGCACAGCAGGCGCCAUCCUCCUCGGCAAAACCAACAUGUCCGAGUGGGCCAACUUCCGCGGGCAGGUCCCCUCCGGCUUCAGCGGGCGCGGGGGACAAUGCACGUGCCCAUACUACCCGCUCGUCGACCCCUCCGGCUCGAGCUCGGGCAGCGGCGUCGCCGCCGCUAUCGGCCUCGCGGCGGGGACGCUGGGAACGGAGACGGACGGGAGCAUUACCAGCCCGGGGAGUAGGAACAAUGUGGUGGGCGUGAAGCCCACUGUCGGGCUCACGUCCAGAGCCGGUGUGAUACCCAUAUCCUCGCACCAGGACAGCGUCGGGCCGAUGACGCGCACCGUGACCGACGCCGCCAUCCUCCUCAGCGCGAUCGCAGGGCCCGACCCGCGGGACACCUACACCCUCGCGCAGCCCGAGCCCAUGCCGGACUACACCGCCGCCCUCCGCGCAGACGCCCUGAAGGGCGUGCGGCUGGGCGUACCCCGGUCGUUCGCCGCGCGGCCGAACGAGGAGGCGGAGCCGCAGGCGCAUAUCGUGAGGGCGUUCGAUGCGGCGCUGGAGGUGAUCAGGGGCCUGGGCGCGGAGGUCGUGGACCCGGCGGAGUUCCCGCAUGCGGAGGCGGUGAAGGCGGGGAGGGAUGAUGAGCUGUAUGUGAUGACCGUCGAUCUGAAGGUGGACUUGAACAAGUACCUCGCAGAGCUGGUGGAGGUCCCCACGGGCGUGAGGGACCUCGCGGACCUGAUCAAGUUCAACGAGGAGCACGCGGAGCAGGAGCUCCCCGCGCCGUACUGGACCGACCAGUCGCGGUUCAUCCAAGCGCAGUCCCUAGAAGCAGACGAGAAGUACGAGAAGAUGGUCGACGCGAACUACGAGCUCGGCCGGGCGAGGGGCAUCGACGCGACGCUGCAGAAGUAUAACCUGGACGCGAUCGUCCUGCCUACCCACGGCAAAGUACAGUGUACCCAUCGGCCCAUGCUGCAUAUAGUUCCCCUCGGAUUCCAACCGGACGACCUCGAACCCGCCGCCGCAGAACCCGUCCGCAAACACGGGCCCGGCGUACCCUUCGGGCUCGCGUUCAUGGGCACGGCGUGGAGCGAGGCGAAGCUGCUGGGGUACGCGUAUGCUUUUGAGCAGGCGACGCAGGCUCGGCUGAUGAGAAGGGCGUACGAGGAGGCUGUACCGAAGACUCAGCUAGCGGAUGUCGUUGGUAGAUAA